AUGGUUACAAUUACCCGUUACAUCUAUUCACCCCGUAUGGAGUUGUCUGAGUAUAUGGGCAUUGUUGGCGGUGCGUCGGGCCUAUGGUUUGGUCUAAACAUACUGGCCUUUUAUGAUAUUGGCCAGUCUUUAUUGGUCGUCCGCGCGAUUGUAUGCCUGGCGUUACUGAUGGGUUGCAUUUGGCAUAUCGUCGAUAUCAGUGUCAUAUACUUCCGUUACGAGACAACAGUAUCUGUAGUGCUCGAAAAGGCACAGGUGGUUGAGUUGCCCUCAUUCACAAUAUGCACUAAUGUUAGUUACGCGAUUGACGUGGACUAUUUACGGCACCGGUACCCAAACGACACGGCACUGGCAAACAUAACCGACAACAAUGAAAACAAAUGGCUAUUCAAACCAUACCUCUAUAACCUAACACUGGAGGAGCAACUGAUGAAAGGCACGAUCGGCGCCAACCGGUUUUUCAACACAUGCGGAGUCCUGAAACCGCGGGCCGUGUUGUCAUCGGCCGAGUAUUAUAUCGAGUGCGCGUGGAUAGCACCGGUGGUCGAAUCAAUUAACGCAGAAUUUAAAUGUUUCACCAUGUUUAGUCAAAACGUAAGCCAAUUGGCGGACAACGAUCGGUACCGCGUGGACCACGACGUGAUGUUUAGGGACAACGCUUUUCCCCUGACGUGGUUCGCAAUGAACGUCAAGUACUUACAGGAUUUGGACAUUUAUAUGCACGACCGGCGGGAGCCGUUUGUGGGCCCCAUUGGCGGCCAGUUGACCGCCAUGAAUUUGGAUUAUCAACCUUAUAUUAGAAGCUUUUUGUCGUACAAAGUGAUCGAUAUUGAACUACUGCCCGCACCGUACCUGACACAAUGCCUAGACUACCACCAACUGCGAUUCAGGUCGCAUAACCACCGAGUUAGCCAAUGUCGAGCCAAGUAUAACCGUAAUCAUUUUGCCGGCUGGCAGCUGGACAUGUACUAUAGCGAUGAAUAUUACGGUAAAUUGAAUUAUACGGAUAUUAGUUUAAUGUACAAUCGUACGCUUGAUAAGCAAAUAGCCGCUGACUGCGCCCAACGGAUCGGCCGUAGGCCCGACUGUCACUCAAUGCACUACACUAUGAAUAAAAUUUCUAACCAACGGAGAGUUAACUAUAGUAAUGAUUCAGCUGCUAUUUUCUAUGCAAAUUUUUUAAUGCCCACCGACACAGUCACCCGUUACGUGCACUCACCCCGUAUGGAGUUAUCCGAGUAUAUGGGCAUUAUUGGCGGUGUGUCGGGCCUAUGGUUUGGUCUAAACAUACUGGCCUUUUAUGAUAUUGGCCAGUAUUUAGUGAAAAACACCAUGAUAAUUAUUAACCCGUGCCAAUUCAACGCAGUCUUGGGAACAGUGGCCCUGGUCGGUAGAGUGGCCGGUACCGAGAAUGUGGCCUUCAUGGGCGGGAAUUAA